AAAUGUUACAAUAUUAUAAGAACAAUUUUAAAAUGCUUGCAGAUCAGCAAUAUUCAGAUAUUUGACAAUAUUUUUUUUCAGCAGAGAUAACAAUAAACGACAUGAAUUGAUCUACAGGAGAAUAGAUAGGCGAAAAGAAAUCCAGAAGCAAAUUGGGUGAUUGUCAGACUUUGCUGUUCUGAGUUAAGGGUGGGGGGGGGGCAGUCACAUUUCGGCAGGCUAUAAAUGUGUGUAUGUAAUCUAUGUCCUAUCUGUUUCUGUGUAAACUCGUGACAAAUAUUUCCCCGCUCAAAAAUUGGACAGCUAUUGUCACUUUUUUACAAUAACAUUUUAUUUACUCCUGGUUUGGCUAUCAGGACAACAUGACCAACAUUGCCCUCUAGCGGCGUGCAGUCGGUUUUCGGCACAACACCGGAAGCAGCUGUGCUCAUCGUGGCUAACUUGAAGUGUCUAGUCUGAUUGCAGAGGCUUGUUGCCCGUUGUUGUAAACCGUUUCCCCCCCACCCCGUGAGUCCUGCUCUUGCCGUCACGUAGCUCAACCGGAGUGAACCACCUGAGUCCGUGUGUAUGGAUACAAUUGUUUAAGUGGACUUUGUGCACAUUUACCGGACGUUUCACCUCAGACUCAUCUCCGUUAGCCAAGAAUGCUAAAUGAAGUUAGCGUAGCGUGCUAGCUGGAAACAGACCGAGACGGAACUCCACAGCGCUAAGUCUGAGUGACUAUUGGAUAGAGACCACGCUGUAUUCUUCAUGGACUCACAAUGUCCAGAUAAACCUGUCUGAAUGGACUCUGUGCUGUCCCAUUUAUCUGAAACCCCCGGCAUUAUCUCCUGGUGUCCUACGAAUCUAAUGAAGUUAGCUAGCUAGCUUGCGACGCUGAAGUAGACGGAUCCGUACGUAACCUAGCAACACAACGCACGUCAGAGUGAGAAAACCGUUUUUUUAACGGAGUGUGUCUGGAGGAAAAGUUGCUGUGACUUAGUUAAAAAUGUCUAAAGUCCAAAUGCUGAGAGCUUUCGUCAACCAGCGACUAACUGCGGCUGCUGAAGAGAUAUUUGAGCUGUUUGAAAGAACGAUAGCAGAGUACGAGGAGCAAAUCCGGUUAACGUUGCACACAGCAGACGUCCAGCAGCUGUUGGUGGUUAAAGCAGAGGUUCCCCUCGAGCAGCAGGAGUGGAGCUCCAGUCUGGACCAGGUGGACCCAGAGCCCCCCCCACACAUUAAAGAGGAACUCUGGACCAAUCAGGAGGGAGAGCAGCUUCAAGGGCUGGAGGAGGCUGACAUCAACUUCCCGUUUACUUCUGUCUCUGUGAAGAGUGAAGAAGACGACGAAGAGGACUGGGUAGGACCAGAACCAGCCAGGAACUCAGAUCCAGAUAGUCCUUUACAACCAGCUACUCAUGACAAGACUGCAAACUCCUCUGAACAUGAGACUGAUGACAGUGGUGACUGGGAGGAGACUAGGGAACCUCAGUCAGGUUUAAACCCUCUGCAGAACAGUGAAGUAGCUAUAAGUGAUGUGGAACCUCUGAAGAAACACACUGGAGUCCAAACAGACGGGAAACCAUUUUGUUGCUCGGUGUGUGGUAAAAGAUACCCUCUGAAGAAGUCUUUAUCAAUUCACAUGAGACUUCAUUCAGAAGGAAAACAUUUCACCUGCUCAGUUUGUAAAACAAGUUUCUGCAGCAAAAGCAAUUUGGUUAUGCACAUGAGAAUCCACACCGGGGAAAAACCUUUUAGUUGCUCAUUUUGUAGCAAAAGAUUUGCACGAAAGACACAUCUGAGAGACCACUUGUCUUCCCACACCGGGGACAAACCAUUUAGUUGUUCAGUUUGUAGCAAAACGUUCAUACAAAAGAAUCACCUGAAACAACACUUGACUGUCCACACGGGCGAGAAGCCGUUUAGUUGUUCAGUUUGUAGUAAAACCUUCGCGCUGAAGCAAAAUCUGAAACGGCACUUGACCGUCCACACCGGGGAGAAACCAUUUAGUUGCAGCGUUUGCGAUAGAAGUUUUAAUCGGCAGGAUAGCGUCAAAAAUCACAAGUGUGUUGGUGAGGGCAGCGGAAAUAAAUGAAGCCGCACAGAUGCUUGCUGAGCCAAUUUUCUUUCCAGCAGGAUCAAGGAACUGAUGGCAAGACUUGGUUCAACGUUGAUAAGAUAGAAAUUGUCAGACUUACAGGGCUGGGCGUCGUUCAAAAUCUUUCGAUCUCGUGUGAAUUUCGAUGCCGGUUCCUUAACGAUAGUUUUUUCGAUACAGUAUGUUUUAAA